AGUCCCAGCAGUCUCAGGAGAGAAGAGAGGAGAGUCCGAUAUGGACGGUUGAGGAGACUACACACUCCAGGGAGCAUCUGAUGGGAUUAUAAAACCAGAUUUUUCCCCUUCUCUCUCUCUUUUUUCCCCACUGGGGAUAAAGUGGUUCGAGCCUUCAUUUGAACAAAGAAAGAAGCAACUCCUAGGCUCUAGAACUGCGCUGUAUCACGUUUUAAGGCUUUUGGAAAAAGAGAAAAGUUUGGCUCCUUUUUGGAGGAUUCUUUUCCCCCGUCAGUCCUCCGAUCAUUGGGAAGAUUAAGUCCGCUGUUUCCUAUUUAGGAAUUCGAGGAAGACUCCUUGCUCGUGAGCAGAAAAGAAAACAAGCAAGGAAUUAGCGCCAGAUCUCCGCUGACAGCUGAUAUGAGCCGCAAUUUAAUUUGGUAUGACUUGGCCCCCGUCUCCUAGUUGGUAAACUGAUAUGCUUUCUGAGGUGGGCUCCUAACAGGCAUCACUCUUUGCCUUUUUAGGUGGGUUUACACAGAGUUGGGUGAACUUCAUCAGUUUUUUCAAACACACGGACAUAUCCCCAAUGCAGGGACCAGAUGCUGUAGAACCUUAGCGGCUGAAUCGGGCAUACUUUCUGAUCUCUGGAACUGCUUUUCAAUGAAGGUCACUACUUUCUCAUAAAACUUUUUUUCUUCUUUGGAAUUGUAUGAACACACACCAGCCCAAAUGUUUGCAUGAAGACCUGUUACUGACAGCGCUGAACUUGAAUGCAUCGUACUUGUGUCUCUACUAGACGCAGUAGAUUUCACUUUGUUCGGCUUUUGUGGACUGAUUGUUCUCACAAGGUGUACCAUGCUUAGGUUGUGACCGAACAGUACCAAGAAACAUUGGACGUUCACCUUAGAAAGAAUGGUCAUUUCAGACAAGCUGGAGAAGUCUUAGUCUACAGAGAUGUUGCAUUCCAUUCUGUUCAUCCCCUGUCAUCUGAAGGCUGUUACAUCUCUGUGAAAUAGCCACCACAAUGAUGAACAAAGACUCUCGCUUCCCCAGGAAGGCUGUCCAUAGCAACCCCUCCUCUCGAAGGCACUCAUGCAUUGGUUUUGAUGCUGAGAAUGGCUUGUCGGUGGGGCGCAGCCCCCUGGACCCUCCGGCCAGUCCCAGCUCCGGCCUGGUGCUCCAGGCCAACUACCACAGCCAGCGCCGUGAGUCCUUCCUCUACCGCUCCGACUCAGACUUUGACCUCUCACCCAAGGCCCCCUCGAGGAACUCGUCCACUGCCAGUGAUCUACAUGGAGAAGACAUGAUUGUGACACCAUUUGCACAGGUACUUGCCAGUUUGAGGACGGUAAGAAGCAACUUCGCCGUUUUGACCCAUCAGCAAGAUCGUCAACCCAGCAAGAGAAUUGGCAGUAAUCCACCGUCCAUGUUAAAUACAAGCUUAGCAGAGGAGCCGUUUCAGCAGCUGGCCGUGGAGACUCUGGACGAGCUGGACUGGUGUCUGGAGCAGCUGGAUACUCUGAAGACACGCCACUCCGUCAGCGAGAUGGCCUCCAAUAAGUUCAAGAGGAUGCUGAACAGAGAGCUCACUCAGCUAUCAGAGGCCAGCAGAUCAGGGAACCAGGUGUCAGAGUUCAUCUCCAGCACCUUCCUAGAAAAGCAACAUGACAUGGAGAUCAUGUCUCCACACAUCAAGGAGAAGAAGGAGAAAACGGACAAGAAGAAGCGUCCCAUGUCCCAGAUCGUGGGGGUGAAGAAGCCCAGGAUCAUCCCCAGUGUGGCCCCCUCCAACAUCCCCCGCUUCGGGGUUGCUGCCACUCAGGAGGGCUUUCUCGCCAAGCAGUUGGAAGAUAUAAACCGAUGGGGUGUGGAUAUUUUCAAAAUAUCUGAAUAUUCUGGGAAUCGUCCGCUGACGGUGGCGAUUUAUUCAAUUUUCCAGGAGCGAGAGCUGCUGAAGUCAUUCAAGAUCCCUGCAGACACCUUCAUCACCUUCAUGAUGACCCUGGAGGACCACUACCACCAUGACGUGGCCUACCACAACAACAUACACGCUGCAGACGUGGUCCAGUCCACCCACGUCCUCCUCUCUACCCCUGCCCUGGAGGCGGUGUUCACGGACUUGGAGAUCCUAGCUGCUCUGUUUGCCAGUGCUAUACAUGAUGUGGACCACCCGGGGGUGUCUAACCAGUUCCUCAUCAACACCAACUCCGAGCUGGCUCUGAUGUACAACGACGUGUCGGUCCUGGAAAACCACCACCUGGCCGUGGGCUUUAAGCUGCUGCAGGAGGACAACUGUGACAUCUUCCAGAACCUCAGCAAGAAACAGAGGCAGUCCCUACGCAAGAUGGUCAUAGACAUGGUGUUAGCCACAGACAUGUCCAAACACAUGAACCUGCUGGCUGACCUGAAGACUAUGGUGGAGACCAAGAAGGUGACCAGUCUAGGAGUACUUCUACUAGACAACUAUGGAGAUCGUAUCCAGGUCCUCCAGAACAUGGUUCACUGUGCUGACCUCAGUAACCCCACCAAGCCCCUGGAGGUCUACCGCCAGUGGACUGACCGCAUCAUGGUGGAGUUCUUCACCCAGGGGGACAGGGAGAGGGACAAGGGCAUGGAGAUCAGCCCCAUGUGUGACAAACACAACGCCUCCAUCGAGAAGAACCAGGUGGGCUUCAUAGACUACAUCGUCCAUCCUCUGUGGGAGACGUGGGCAGACCUGGUCCACCCUGAUGCCCAGGACAUCCUAGACACGCUGGAGGACAAUCGUGAGUGGUACCAGAGCAUGAUCCCACACAGCCCCUCGCCCACACCCGAGGCCCAGGACAAGUUGGGCCUGCCUGGGGGAGCCAUGGGAGCCGGAGGGGGUGGAGGUGGAUCCUCCACAGGAGAUAAGUUCCAGUUUGAGCUGACCCUAGAGGAGGAGGAGUGCGAGUCCGACACAGAGAGCCCUCCGGCAGAGGAGGAGGGGUACAGUAGCACUGGGAUGGAGCCUUCUAGGACUGACCCGGACAGCAGACUCCAUUCCAUGUCUGCCACUUCUCACCCACACACGCAAGUACUCUCCAAAAUGGCUACCUCUGUCCUCAAUCUUGGUGGCAGGACUUUGUCCACAGACUCUGACCCAGAAAGGGAGGCCACCGAAGACAGAGAACAUGACCAAGAAGGUAACGCCGGUGUGAGGCGCUUCAGGCUAGGUACAUAACAUCAGUGCAAUAUUCUUUUUAUUUUUUCUUCUUUUUUUUUUUACAUUUCUGAGCCUCCCCUCUGACCCCUUCAACCCCCAUCUCUGGCUUCCUUGGAUUGAAUGGCAGGACAAAGCUGGGGUAAGGAACGUAGAGGGGGUGCGUUCAGGAAGUCUGCACUUACACAGCAGUCACCUCGUACUGGAGAAAGGAGAGCCCCACUGUUCCUUCUUUGGUUGCAGAGAACAGGAAACCGUGUUUUUGAGCUGGUCUUUUGUGUUUUACCGUUUUACGUCUCUGAGUUGGACGUGUCCCCGUACUCAGCUUAUGUUUCUCAGAGACACUGAGAAAACCAACCUUCCUGUUUUGCAAGUCAAGCCAAGGUCUACGACAAAAGAGCAAGGAUUUUGUGGAACACGUCUUCCUUUUGACUACUUAUGACCGCUUGAAACAAUUGACGAAGCGACAAACUUAGUAACAACAAACACCACAAAGGCUUUUGAGACAUUAUGCCAAACAGAUUAAUAAACAUGGACUUGGCCAAUGGCAACAUUUGCCUGCCUUUUCAACUGUUGGUCAUUUUGUUUUUAAUUGAAGUCCUUUUAAACUAGUGCAGAAAGUGGUUUAAACCGGUAAACUGCAGACUUACCAAAUAUGUACUACAAAGGACAAAGUACAGAGCAGAACAUCAGAAUUGAGGAAGAGAUUGUUUCAAUGUAGCACAACACUUUUUGGGUACCUUGUUGUAACAGCUACUCGGUGCAUCACUAGGGGUCUCUCAUCAGCCACACCCUUAACAACUGGUUUAGGGUCAGUUCUUCCUCCCACAGUCCUAACCACAGUCCUGUUAUGUGUAAACCAACAAAACCAACCCUGAGCCAGCCGUUAUAGGGACAUAUAAGUAACCCAAAGCUAUGCGGUGUGCACUUGGCACCUCCCAGUGUUGAAUAUCAGAAUUAAAAUCUGAAUGUGUACUGCUAUUCUAGGCAUUCAAAAUGCCCAUACCUACAGUAAUUUGACUAUAGGUAUGUUAAGUGGAUUGGUUUUAGCUGUGUUGCUGUUGUAGGCAGGGGUAUCCAAAACAAGCACUUCAGUUAAGAUGCACCACUUGUCUGUAUGAUUUUAUUUUAUUUUAUUUUUUUCUAUUUGAAGUCCCUCAUAGUGUAUACAUACUGCUUUAUACUGUAAUUGUGUGUAUCCUUAACCUUUUUAUGGCAUCAGUUUGCCUCCACUUUUAGCACUUUACAAUUUUACUCACAGCCAAUCCUCAUCCUGCUUGGAAGGGCUUGAGCCAAUCCAUAAACACAUUGGAGGCAGGUGACUGAGAAUUUUUGUUUGCCACUGGCAACAUGGUAGCCAGCACUUACAUACCCUAGCACAUUAGGAUAACUAGUUGCAUUGAGGGAACCUGGACAGAGUUAAGUUAACUGUUUGACAGUACAGUAGGGCUGUGGGACAUUUUUUACAUUUACAUUUUAGUCAUUUAACAGAUGCUCUUAUCCAGAGCAAAUUACAACUUGAGCACAUACAUUCUCAUACUGGUCCCCAUGGGAAUUGAACCCACAUCCCUGGCAUUUGCAAGUGCCAUGCUCUACCAAAUGAGUCAAACUGUACAAUGUCCUUUCAAGUCUAUUAUUGUUGUUACAGUAAAGGUCUCAAGUUUCCUACUUACUUCAGGUACCAUAAUCUGGUCACACUAUCAACCAGUUGAACUAGUAAAAAAAAGAUACAUUGGUAGAGUUUACAUAUGUUAUCACAGUUUGUGAAGCACAUGGUGUAAUAUUUGCCAAACUAUUUCAGAACUGUAUGAAAGAUGUGCCGCUCAAGGCAAUUGUAAAAAAAAAAAAAAAAAAAAGACCGUUGGCCAUAGGCCAGUUUUCUGUGCUGAAAUUUUCACACCCUUUUCCUUUUGUCAUUGGUCAAUAUUCUGCUCUUCACAGGGACAUGACCAAUGACAGUACAAGUGCCAAGCAAGCAUGACACAACUCGUACUGUAAUUUCCAUUUUGCUCCAGGCUAAUUUCCAUCAAUGACUAAUGUUGAUCAUGUCGCCCUCCCUGUAUACCCUUUCUGCCCCAUAGGUUUUCUGUUUUAGAACAAUAAUUCACUGAUAACCGCACCUUUCUUAAUGUUUGAAUGGUUGGACAUUUAGAUGAAUUGAAUUUGUAAAGAAACCAAAGCACUUUGUAUAGUAAUUUUUACAAGUCUGUGCUUAAAGUACAGUCGAGUGUGAUGUAACUCUGUUGACUAAUCCACAUUAGUAUUCCGUAUUCUGGUAUUAUGUGGCUUGAUUAUUACAAUUGAUGCAUAGCACAGGCUGGACCACUGAAGCUAAAUUGGUGGACUUGUGCUAUGGAAUUAGAACUUUUUUGUAUCUAUAAUAUGUUUUGAUAAAGAUGCAUGAAAGAUGCAAGAUUCAUAAGGAAAUUAUUCAAGUAUCUAAAAUAAGCUCAUCUGUGAACAGAAACUUUUGAACCUACACGUGGAGUAAAUUGAUGUUGUGUUUUUACGAAAGAUCCAGAAAUGUGACUUUCUGGAGCCUUAUAUUUGCGUACGUUUUCUUUCCUCAUAGAUUGUAUACUCGAUAUGGUGGGGAGACACCAGUGCCAUGCACACUGUAGUUAAGGAGCACAAACAGUUCAGAACUCAAGCAAGCCUUUCUGUCUUUCUCAGCUGUCAUGAAACAAUGGCUGGUGAAGACAUUUUAUGACAGUAUUUUCACGAAGAUUCAGUUAUGCUCUGUCUACCAUUGAUUGUUUUGUAUAUUUUCCUCACAACGCUUUGUGUACAGUUUAUUUAUUAUUUCUAUAUCUGUCUGAAAAUGAAGAACUAUAGACUUUGUCGGAGGCUAAGUAUUUAUUUGUAGCUAACUUCUGAGCUUUGGGAGAAAAAAAAAUCGGAUAGAUUUCAACUACAGUGCUCAACCAUGGAGGCCGGUGGGAGGACCUACAGAAGGACGGGCUCAUUGUAAUGGCUGGAAUGGAAUUAAUGGAACGGAGUAAAACAUGUAGUUUCCAUAUGUUUGAUGUGUUUAAUACCGUUCCAUUUAUUCCAUUCCAGCCAUUACAAUGAGACGUCCUCCCAUUGAUCUUGCCACCAGCCUCCUCUGGCACUCAACCAAAUGUUUUAGUUUCCUUAUGUCUGCCAUAAAAGAAAGCAAAAAUAAACCAACUUUACGGUUUCCUUUCAGUCGGUCAUUCGGUAUAACAUACUAUGUAGGGUCAACGACCAAUCCUAUUCACCUGAAGCAAAUUGAAAUCACUCCCAACGGGCCAAUGGAUGCCAAGCCUGCCCUCGGAUGCCCCGCCUUCCUGACAAUAAUACUGGAGCUCGCAUACAUUUCCUACAUUUUUGCAUUUGUUAACUACUUUCUGCUCUGCUUGUGUAGCUAAUACUUCCUUGUUUAGGUAGGAUUUGUGUUUGCUUAACACCCACUACUUUCUGCUCUGCUUGUGUAGCUAGUGCUCUGUUGCUUGAGUAAGAUGGCCAGUGGUAGGAGGAAGUUCAAAAAGGCUAACCAGCCGAGUUUGAACCUCCGACCAUGACCUAGGGCAUGUGGUUUCACAAUAAAAUAUUAAGAAAAGAGUGCUAUCCUGCUUGCUUGGGGUGGAAACACACUUGGCUCAGGCCAGUUUGCAUGAUCAAUGUCUCCGGCUGGGGUUCAACCUCUAUUGGGUGUAGGGCUUACUUUGUGAGGAAGAUUGAGGCUGCUGGCAAAGGUUCUUCCAGUGAAAAUGAGAGUUUGGGAAUGGGGUUGUUUGAGGCCGGUGUAGAGUUGAUAUGGGUGUAAUCCCAGCCAAGUGAGGCUCAUUCUGGUUUCUCUGGCAGUGUUCAGAUUCUGGAUUCCAGGGAUGAUAUACUAUCCCUGAUUGGCUCUGGAGGGUCUUCAGAGUGUCAAUGGGUUGACAUCAGUCCGGGAAAGCCUGAAGCCCCGGCUUUGGAUUUGGCGGGGGAGAGUGAACCAUUGGUGGUUAAUGCGCCUUUGUUGGAGCUGUGUCGUAGGGCGGCAGAUCACCUAGGGUUAGAUUGUCCUUCUCCCCUGCAGAGGAGUUCCUCCAGGUUACCUCCCAUCCCUGCAGCAGUGAUGAGUGAUGAGCUAAAGACAAACUGUGAUUCCCCUCAUUCAGCCAGGCUGGAGCUACCAGGUUAUAGUGAGUUCAUUAAUAGUGGGUAUGGAGGAGACGGGGCUCGUUUGCACACCACCAAUGGAUAGAAAGCUGGCGAGUUACUUAACUUCAGAGGCUAACAAGGGGGCAAAUCUGUCACGCCCUGACCUUAGAGAGCCUGUUUACGUCUCUAUUUGUUUGGUCAGGGUGUGAUUUGGGUGGGCACUCUCUUCUUUAUUUCUUUGUUUCUGGCCGAGUGUGGUUCCCAAUCAGAGGAAGCUGUCUAUCGUUGUCUCUGAUUGGGGAUCAUACUUAGGCAGCCCUUUUUCCCACCUGUGAUUGUGGGUAGUUGUCUAUGUGUAGUGGCCUGCGAGCACCACGUAACUUUACGUUUGUUUGUUAUUUCUGGUUUUGUUGACGACAUUAUAAAUAAACGAAGAUGUACGCUCA